UUUUAAGUGUAUCAAAUUUUAUAAAUAAAUAAUAAAAGAAAAAGGAAAACUCUUUUCUCCCAUUUUCUCUCUCUCCGCAGAUCGGUUCUCCUCCGGUGGUCUCUCUCCCCUUCGGUGGCCUCUGCUCUUUUUCGCCGACCUAUCAGACAGAGAUGUUUCAUUUGAUAUAGCUGUUGGUGCUUAUGUUCUUUGAUUUUAUAAGAGCUAGAGCUAGUAAGAACUUUUAUCUGCCUGUGGAUAACAUCUGCCUACCCAUUACCAAAUUUGGUAAAGUAUAUUACUUGGGAUUUUCAGGUACCAUGAGAGAUAUCAAAGUAAAAGGAACUUCUAACCUGUGUACUACUUCUACUACUGUAUCUGAUGGAGAAUCUCAUGUAGCGCAAUCUGAGUUAAUCAUGGACAAAGAGACAUCAUCCCUUGGUGUGAAACAAACUCCUGAAAUUGAAAAAAAGUUUGUGCAUCGUGUUUAUGAUGCCAUAGCACCUCAUUUUAGCUCCACACGGUAUGCCAAGUGGCCAAAAGUUGCUGCCUUUUUGUCAUCCUUGGCCUCUGGAUCUCUUAUCUUGGAUGCUGGAUGUGGUAAUGGGAAGUACUUGGGAUUGAAUCCUGAUUGUUUCUUUAUAGGAUGUGAUAUAAGCUAUCCCCUCAUUAAGAUCUGUGCAGAUAGAGGGAGUGAAGUUUUGGUAGCUGAUGCUGUAAAUCUUCCAUACAGGACUGGUUUUGGUGAUGCUGCAAUCUCCAUAGCUGUGUUACAUCAUCUAAGCACAGAGAGUAGGAGAAAGAAAGCAAUUGAAGAACUUGUCCGAGUUGUGAAAAAGGGUGGUCUAGUUCUAAUAACGGUUUGGGCUGCAGAGCAAGAGGAUAGAUCAUUGCUUGCUAAAUGGACUCCACUUAACCAAAAGUAUGUGGCAGAGUGGAUAGGUCCUGGCAGUCCUCGAGAUCGCAAUAGUCCUUCACCCUUCAAAUUGAAAAGUAUUCCUGAAACCGAGGAGAGGAAUUUAGGAAAAGUAAAAGAUUCCAAGGAAAUAACUUCUCGAAGUGAAGAUGAUAGUGUAGCUUCUGAUGAUGCGAGCAAUAUCAAUAAUCAAGAAUAUUUUAUCCCUUGGCACUUGCCUUAUCAUCGGGCCGAAGUUGGCGGCGCUUCUGCUUGUGCUGUCGAAAAUGGCUUUGCAAAGAAAGAUGAUAAAAAGGGUGCUGUAGUAUACAACCGAUAUUACCAUGUCUUCAGCGAAGGCGAGCUUGAAAGAUUAGUAGUUGGCAUGGAGAAUGCUGUUGUUGUUGACCGAUUUUUCGAUAAAUCGAACUGGUGCAUCGUUCUUCAAAAGACAUCAUGAAGAAUCAAAUAAUUAAGGAGAUAAGCAAAAUACAUGCUGGAAUAGCAACUUAUAGGCAAUGACAUACAAUUGCUGAGAAAGAGAGCAAAGUUUUGUUACAUUUCCCAAUGUAUCUUGGAUUGGCUUUAAGGAUUUUGUUUCAUUGUUACAUGUAAAAUUCUGAUUCCAACCGCAUUUUUCAAGGGUUGGACUAUAAAUUUUAAUGAGUAGUUCAUUGAUUUUAUAAUCGCAAAAUAGGUUCUAUGAAA